GACAAGAUACUAUAGUGUACAACAGCUAAUCAACCAUCAUGCAGAUUUUAUUAUGUACUGACAUGUUAAGGAUCAAACAAUUAUUUACAAGUGUGUUUAUAUUAUUUAUUUGUGUAUUGACUAUGACUGGUGCAGAGGACUAUUAUAAACUCUUAGGAAUUCAAAGAAGUGCUACCACAAAAGAAAUACGACAAGCUUUUAAAAAGCUAGCUGUUACCAUGCAUCCAGAUAAAAAUCCGGAUGAUCCAGAAGCUCACGAUAACUUUUUAAAGAUAAACAGAGCUUAUGAAGUUUUAAAAGAUGAAGAUAUGCGUAAAAAAUUUGAUAUGCAUGGAGAAGAAGGAUUAAAAGAUGAUUUCCAUGGUGGAAACAGAUAUGAAAGUUGGAAAUUUUAUCAAGAAGAAUUCGGUUUAUAUGAUGAUGAUAAGGAGAUAAUAACAUUAAGCAAAUCAGACUUUGAACAAUCAGUAGAAGAAUCAGGUGAUACCUGGUUUAUCAACUAUUACUCAGCACAUUGUGGACAUUGUCAUGACUUGGCACCAGCUUGGAGAGAAUUAGCCCAGGAACUUGCAGGUGUGAUACGUAUAGGAGCUGUAAAUUGUGGAGAUGACUGGAAUCUUUGUAGAAUGCAGGGAAUACGAUCAUAUCCUACACUGGUCAUGUAUCCUACAGCUGAGAAAUAUCAUGGAGAGAGAACAACAAGAAAGAUGGUAAAGUUUGCCCUAAAAAGUAUACAAUCUGAUGCAUAUACACUGAGGUCAGAGGAAGAGAUCGAAGAUAAUGGGCUACCAUGGUUGAUAUCUUUCUGUGGAGAUAGUGGAGAUUGUCUGUCGUCAACUGCAACAACCAAGUUAUCAGCAAUAUUGACUGAUUUGGUUAAUGUUGCAUCAGUAGAUUGUCAUAAAGAUGAAAAGUUUUGUGAGAAACUUGGAAUAGAACAUGGCACAUAUUAUUAUCCUACUGCAGAAGUUACAAAAGAUGAAGGGAAGAAUAUAUCCAGUUUAAAUGCUCAAGAAAUUGCUCACCAAGUGUUGUCAUGGUUACCUGAUGUUGAUAACCUGGAUUCAAAAACUUUAAAGAAAAUUAUAAACAGACUGAAAACUGGUCAACAUCAUACAUGGUUGAUUCAUUUUGUGGAAGGGGAUGGAAGUCAGGAUAUAGAAUUCAGAAAACUACCAGCCAUGCUGGAAGAUUGGAAGAGUAGACUGCAAGAAGUUAAGAUCAGAAUGUAAUGAGCUGCAUGUAAUAAAGUUCCCUUCCUUUGUUGUUUACAAGCAGACUGGUGGUUUUGAGCUGUA